CGACCACGACCUCGGAACGCUCCAUCACGCCUCUCGCACCAUUAUAUCCUAUCCAUAGCUGCCAUGGGAAGAGUACUGCUCAAGGUCAUCAUUUUGGGCGAUAGUGGCGUCGGCAAGACCUCGCUUAUGAACCAGUAUGUCAACAAGCGGUUCAGCAACCAGUACAAGGCCACAAUCGGCGCCGACUUCCUCACCAAGGAAGUAAUGGUCGACGACCGUCUUGUGACCAUGCAACUAUGGGAUACGGCUGGUCAGGAGCGUUUCCAGUCUCUCGGUGUGGCCUUUUACCGAGGUGCAGACUGCUGCGUUCUCGUAUACGAUGUCAACAGCUCGAAAUCUUUCGAGACUCUGGACAGUUGGCGCGAUGAGUUCCUAAUUCAGGCCAGCCCACACGAUCCGGAGAACUUCCCGUUCGUCGUCCUCGGCAAUAAGAUUGAUGUUGAAGAGAGCAAGCGGCAGGUCUCUCAGAAGCGCGCCAUGACAUGGUGUCAAUCGAAGGGCAACAUUCCCUACUUUGAGACCUCCGCAAAGGAGGCUAUCAAUGUGGAGCAAGCGUUCCAGACAGUCGCUAAGAACGCUCUCCAGCAAGAAGCAGAGGAGCAAUUAUACGUCGACUACCCAGACCCUAUUCGUAUCGACUCUGAGAGCUCACAGAACUACGGCUGCAGUUGCUGAGCACCUCUCACCUCUGGACACACCGAACACUGCCCUCCGCUACCGCUCAUUAUGGUACAGCCCACCGUUGACAUAUCUUUACAUUCCUCGUGGCAAGCUCUGUCUAAGCUAUUGUCGGAUAUCCGCGUUCAUUUUGUUAUCCCCGCGCACUCUGUACUACUGUAUUUUUUCCUUUGAAUUUAUGGAAGGAGUGCAUAUA